AGAGUCGCGGUGGGCGUGGCUAACGGAUUCAGAGCAGACAAGCAUUAUUACUGCAGCCAACGUAGACGCUAACCAACACGGACUCUGUUUUUGUUGUCAUUUAGCAAACAAACGUUGUAUUUUGCUGCGCGUUUCAUAUACUGAAGGGAUUCAAGUGAGGGGAAAGAGACAUGUCCCAGGACAAGCCAAACUAUCCUAUAAUGGGGGAGAAUAACCCCCUUCACAACAGUGUCUAUGGGCCACCCAAAAUUGAUGCUUUUGGAAUGCCUCCACCCAACUAUAGCCAGGGUCCAGGGGCACCUCCGUAUGCAGCACCAGGACCUUACGCCCAGCCCGGUUACGAGCAGCCUCCGGCACCAGGUUUUGGCCCUAGUCCGUACCCACAGGGGCCCUAUGUUCAGGGUCCCUAUGUUCAGGGGCCCUAUGUUCAGGGGCCAUACCCUCAGAGUCCAUACCAGCAGGGGCCCGGCCAGCCUGCCUUUGGUGUAGAUCCUAAUGCUUCUGUGGAGAGCCCUGGAUACCACGGUGGAGAUGGACCCCCCUCUUACGAUGGCAAUGAUGAGUUUGUGAACUUUGGCUGGGAAGAUAAGAGUAUCCGACGGGCCUUUAUUAGAAAGGUGUUUAUGGUCUUGACCGUGCAGCUGUUGAUCACCUUCUCUUUUGUUGCCGUUUUCACCUUUGUAACUGAUGUCAAAGUGUUUGUACGGAGAAAUAAGUGGACGUACUAUGUGUCCUACGUUGUCUUCUUUGUUUCACUGAUCGUUCUCAGCUGCUGUGGAGAGUUUCGCCGCAAACACCCAUGGAACCUGGUGGCACUGUCCAUCUUGACCCUGAGUCUGUCCUAUAUGGUUGGAAUGAUUGCCAGCUUCCAUAAUACAGAUGCAGUUAUCAUGGCAGUUGGCAUCACUGCGGUGGUCUGUUUCACAGUUGUGCUUUUCUCACUGCAGAGCAAAUAUGACUUCACUUCCUGCUAUGGUGUUCUUUUUGUCUGUAUGAUUGUCCUGCUCCUGGCCUCUCUCCUCUGCAUCUUCAUCCAAAAUAAAAUUCUCCACAUUGUCUACGCCUCGCUCGGGGCCCUGCUGUUCACUUGUUUCCUGGCUGUGGACACCCAGCUUCUCCUGGGCAACAAGAAGUUGUCCAUUAGCCCAGAGGAAUACGUCUUUGCAGCUCUUAACCUUUACACUGACAUCAUCAACAUCUUCCUUUACAUCCUAGCCCUUGUGGGUCAUACCAAGGAAUGAAUGCAUUCCCUUCCUGUGAGAAGAGGGAAUGCAGUCCACUUUGCACGGAAUGAUGUACCACCUCACAUCUCAUCACUUUUCCUCAUAUGCUUCAUUUAUUUGUCUUUCACAUUCCCUGUAUGUCAACAUGUACAGGCUGAUCAGGCCAUAAGCUCUUUGUCCUUUUCAAAUUGGCAGUUGCAAACUCCACUGGCAAUUUAUUUAAAUGGCGUGGCCGAAAUUCACUCAACUAACCUUUGCACAUGGCCUGGUUGACAAUGAGGGAGCAAGAAAGCAAAUAUCAGUGAGUGGAGAUUUGUAUGGCAGAGAAAUGAACAUUACUGAUACUAAUGUGCUCCACUAGUCAAUAUAACGUCUCUGCAUGAUAGUCUAACACAGCUAAAAAUGUCAGACAGACAUAUAGAUACUUCUCCAAACAUUUGAAUAUAUUCAGAAGCUGUAAAUCAGAUAAAGCGCACGCCUCUCUAGUUCUAGGCAUGAAUAUCUGAAUAUCUGGCCAUGCUGCUCACUAAUGUGUGCAUUUCUAUUUGAUAACAUUAAUGCUUUGCAAAAUAAUACCACCAAUAUCUAUACACUCCAAGAUGACAAACGUUUGUUCAGUUGACUAUUAUCUACAGUAUAACUAUGAGAAGUAAAAUAAAGCCUGUAUAUAGUUUGUCUUUCAGUUUUUUGAGAGGAAGGUGAGCUUGUGAGGUUGUCCUGAAAAACUUAAAUCUUCCCAAAGGUCAGUAUUUGAGGCUCAAACACUACAUGACUCUUUUCCUCCUUUUAAUGCUGACUACUUGACACAUUUUUUGUAGUGUAUAUGUGUGUGCAAAUGAGGUAAAAAGAUGUAUGACCUUAUUUUAAUAAAUGUGAAUGGAAUAUUGGAUUUAUUUGAUGCUUUGCAUGUUACCUUGCAAAAAUGUUCCACGUGCUGGAGAAUAACAGGAUAUUUUUAGGAUAAUUCUUGCAUUUGAUGUUUUUGUGGUUAUUUAUAAGUUAUUUAUUAAAAUGCCAGAGGAAGCAAUAGACUGCUGGGUAAUGGGAAAAUUGUAAUGAACAUGGUAAAUUUAAGAGUGAUACAUUAAAUCAAUAAUAAUAAAAAAAAACACUUAACAUUGA